AUUAAAAUACAAAAUUACUUAAAUUUACAUCUACUUUGAAAGGAGAAAAUUUUAGGGUGUUACAAUGAAGAUACCUUCACUAUAACUCUUGAUGAUGAGCACUACAACAGCCAUAUUAAGGAUCACAAGGCUGAUGCUGAUUUCCUAAACAAGCCUAUUCAACACUUUGAGGAGAUGCACACAAUAUUUGGAAGUACCAUGGCUACCGGCAGGUUUGCAAAGGACUCAAGUGUACCUCUAGGUACACAGGAAGAAAGUACAGAUGACUGGGACAACGAGGUGCAGAGGAUGGAGGUACAAAGUGGUAGUGGUAUAGGUGCAACUCAGCAAGACAAUGCUGCAACUUCAUCGGCUACCAAGGCCACCAAUCCUAACAAGAGGGACAAGGGCAAGAAGAGGGCCAGGUCUGACCAUGAUCCAUUGGUGGCUGCAAUUAAAUGGAGAAGUACCAAGUUAGCCAAGGCGAUAAAGGUAGCAGGGAAAGCAGACAAUGAUGUGCCGGCUGAUUUGUAUGACAACGUGAUGGCUUUUAAGGGUAGUUUCAAUGAGACUCACUUAUCCUUCUACCAUUCCUACUUAGUCCAACAUCCUCACAUAGCUAGAGCGUUCAACUCCUUGUCUUUUGAACAUAAAUUCAAUUGGGUUGCAAAGCACAUUGCAGACAACUAUCCUGGGCAGUAAGGGUAAGUUGGAUGCUUGGGAUGGUUCUUUUGUUAGUACCACAUAGAACUUUAUAUUUGUGGUCUAAGUAUGCUUGUACCUUGCUAUGUGGACGUCUUGAACUUGCUAUAUAUUGUGUAAGACAUGAACUUGAUGCAUUGUGCAAGCAUCAGACUUGAUAUUGCUAUGUGUAAUGUGCCUAUGGAUAUGGCCUAAGACUUUUAUUGCUAAUAUGGCAAGACUUUUUAUGUGGUUAUAUUAUUUGUUGCGUUGUUCCUU